GCUGCCUUGUGUUAGCCGGCAGUAGGAGUCACGCUUCGAGCCCAAGGAGGGAUCAUACGUUCGGGCUGAAGGAGUAAGGAUCUCCCGGUGCUAUAAUACGCACAGCAGGGUCAGGAGUGCUCGGCGACCAUUGGAUAUAAGUAAACCCCGGAGCUCGGAUUUCCCUAUGCAAGGCUUAGGCUUUAUUUCCAGGACUGGUCCCCAGCGCAUCCUGGAGUAGCGCUCUCUGCACUGAAAGGAUCACUGGGGUCUCCCCAAUACCCGGAUACAGAUCCUCACCUCUUUACCUUUAGGCUCGAGGGAAGCUCCCUGUAUUACUGUUUGCGAUGCACUGAGGACGGGGAGAGCCGCAAACAUGACGGUGGAUUUUGAAGAAUGCAUCAAGGACUCUCCCCGAUUUCGGGCAGCAAUCGAUGAGGUGGAAACAGAUGUGGUGGAAAUUGAAGCCAAACUUGACAAGUUGGUAAAACUAUGUAGUGGGAUGCUAGAAGCUGGCAAAACCUACCUUACAACUAAUAAGCACUUUGUAAGCGGCAUCCGAGACCUGUCUCAGCAGUGUAAGAAGGAUGAAAUGAUCAAGGAAUGUCUGGAUAAAUUUGGGGACAGCCUGCAAGAAAUGGUUAACUACCAUAUGGUUGUUACCUGUUCUACAGUAUGGAUUUACUGCAGCAAUAUAUUGGACAAUCUUAUGUCAAUGUCUACAAUGGUUAUAGGCUACAUAAAUUGA